AUGGAGAUGCAGAUAAGCAACGCGUCCGAGUUCCCGUUGUACCACUCGAUGGCGACGGGACCGCACUCGUUCCAGCUCCCCGGCGCCAUACCACCCGUCAGCACCAUACCGUCGUACAAGAACACCAUGUUCCCCGAACGGUUGGGGGGCUUCUAUUACGACGCGGCCGGCGUCACGCACGCCAUGCCCGCCGAACGGUGCGACCGGUGCUACGUCGAGCUGUCGGUGAUCGGCAGUGGCCACCACUUCGGCAAGAAGCUGUGCGGCAUGUGCGCGGCCAAGGAACAGCAGGUGUCGCCCAAAGUCGAGACCGAAAUACUGGACCUGGACUCGCAACAGGUCAUGUCGCAGCAACAGCAACAACAGCAGCAGCAGCAGCAACAGCAGCAGCAACAGGACACGACCAAAGGGUUCUUGCAGCACGGCGUCGUCGUGCCUCCCGGUUACGACAGGCCGCCGCAACCGCCGCCACCGCCUCCGCCGGCGGUCGAGUGGCCCGGCUACUUUCAGCCGCAGCAGAACACGCUGUCCGGCGAACACCUGUCGCCCGACUACAACAACGUGUCGACCACGACCACCACACCGCCGACGAUGAUGGGCGGGUCGCCGCCGUCCGACAUGCAGCAACAGCAACAGUACCAGGCCAACUUCGACGGUGGCGGGUACGCGGUCGACUCGAACCAACAGCCCGGCGGAGGAGGGAGCGGAAGCGGCGGCGGGUCCGGGUCCGUGACCAAGGGCAACGGGUCGUGGAAGUCGAACGAGGCGAGGCGCGCCAAGACUUACGAGUGUCCGGCUUGCGACAAGUGGUUCACCAGUUCGGGUCACCUGAAACGGCACUACGGCACGCAGCUGCACAAAAACGCGGUCAAGCAGAGCGGCAAACCGGAUCCCGCGCUUUUGCCCAUGAAACAUCACUAUCACCCGUACCGGGACCCGGCAUACGUUGCGCAACAGAAGCUCAAGCAGCAGCAGCAGAACGGUUCGUCGUUGCACAAGCAACAGUCGUCCAUGAUGAUGCCAGCCGACUUCCGCCCCGUCACGUCCACGUCAUCGUUCAACACCGAUUCUUUUUUAGAGCUGACUCCCCCAAACCUGACAGCAAGCCUCUCGGACAGUUUGGGGGGAACCCAAUUCCUACCGGCCCGUCGGCCGGUCAGCAACAGCAGCAGCAGCAGCAACAGCAACAACAGCAGUACGGCCGGUUUCACGGACGAGAUGCAAAUUUCUUCUUACCCCAGCAGCAACAGCAACAGCAACAAAUACCGGGCGGACCCAACGGCGGUCCGUACGGUGGCCCGCCACCAGGCCACGUCGUUCCACGGCCACCGGCAGUCGACGGAGGGUCAACAAGCGCUUUCGGCAUACCUGCACCACCCGAUCACGGAUACCAUCCAGCCAUACACCACCCAGGGUUCUAUGAUCCAACAACCUACCAACACGGAUUUGUACACCACUAUGCUCGACAGUAACGGCUGUACCGGCCCUCUGUACCAUCGCCAGGUGCAUCAGUGCAGCUACCAUCUCAGCUGCGGGGUCAUACGCGGCACUCGGCAUCAGCACCAAUUGCCGCCUCUGCCGCCGUCGCACCACAGCCAACAGCAGCAGCAGCAGCACCAACACCAUCAGCGAACCAUGAUCGAUUAUCAACAGCCUUCGUCUACGACGGUGCCGCCGUCGUCGCCGUACCAACAACCGCAAACCCAACAGCGCCAGUUGCACGUGUUGCAGCACCGCAACAUCAAGCAGGAACCCGUCGAAAUGGUCGAAUACAACAACGUGGACGACACUCCGUUGGCCAGCCCGGACUCGAGCAUUGAUCACCACCAGCACCAUCAGCAACAACUGCACCAGCACCACCAGCAGCACCGCCCCCAGUACCAAGGCCUGUUGGUGAUGGCGCCCAUAUCGCCGUCGUCGCCGCCGCCGUCGAUGCCUCUGCCGCUGCACCAGCAGCAGGCCGUCACCGACGACGACGCGAUGGUCAGCGACAGCGACGUGGACCUGGACGGCGGUUCGCCGCCGACCUUCAGCGGCGCCGAGCUGUCGUCGUCGUCGCACUCGUCGCUGGCCAAGAAGUUCCGGAAAGCCACGCGCGUCACGUGCGACAUCUGCAACAAGGACUUCACGGACAAGUGUUACAAGACGCAGCACGACCAGAGGUUCCACAGCGGCGAGAAGCCGUACCGGUGCGGCGUGUGCGGCAAGCGGUUCGGCGAGCAGAAGAUCCUGCAGGUGCACGAGCUCCGGCACAACGACAGCAACAAGGCGUUCCCGUGCACGGUGUGCACCAAGAGCUUCAACUUCAAGAACGACCUGGACCGGCACUUCAUGUCCAGCCACUCGGCCGAGAAACCGUACCAGUGCGUGCAGUGCGAGAAGAAGUUCGUGCGGCUCGACCACAAGCGGCACCACGAGAAGACGCACGAGGACGCCGUGGAGAAGACGAAAAAGAAGAAGAAGGCGAUGGCCGACAUGUCGUCGUCGUCCAACCGCUACCUGCACGCCGACGAACUGCAACUAUCGUAA